AUGGCUCCUCUUCUUUCCUUGGCCUUUGCAGCCUGCUCCCUUCUAAGCACGGCCUUCGCUCUUCCUCAUGACAGUGUGCCCGUUGUUCGUAGCAAGGCCGCUAGCUCUGCUGUUGAUGUGAAUGUUCUCUACAGCUUCGGCAAUGGCACGUGGGCCGAGAACCUCGCUGUCCGCGCUAAUGGUCAAAUCCUUGUCUCUCGUCUGGACACGCCUGAGGUGCUGCAGCUUGACCCCAAGGGUAUCAAAGAGCCAAUCACAAUUGCUUCUUGGAAUUCGUCGACUUACAUGGGUUGUCUCGGUAUCUCCGAGACAACUCCCGACCUAUUCUAUGUAGUGACCUCGGGCUUUGUUGACGAUGAUUUCGUGCUCACUUCGGGUGUGAACAGUAUUUGGAAGAUUGACAUGUCUACCUUCUCCGUCUCUGAGCACACGGGCAAGGUUGUUUCCAACGCUACCGUCUCCAAGCUGGUUGAUGUGACAACCUCGGACUUCCUGAAUGGUCUCACUACCCUGUCUGACGAAUUGAUUCUCGUUGCGGAUGCCUACAAUGGGUGGGUGUACCGUGUUAACACAAGCACUGGUGCCUACUCCGUUGCCGUCAACGAGGAAAGUAUGAAGUUUGACUCGAUUCCCAACCCCCCGACCAACAUUGGCGUCAACGGUAUCAAGCUGCUCGAUGAUUACCUUUACUGGUCCAACACCGCUGUCGGCACUCUGAACCGUAUCCGCAUCACGGCCAAGGGUGCUCCCAUCGGCAAGGCUGAGGUCGUUACCAGCAACGUGCCCAAGGCCGAUGACUUCAUCUUCAAGAGCGAUGGCGUUGCCUUUAUCGCUCAGAACCAGAUGGAUGAGCUCAGUGUCUUGUACCCUUGGCAUUCCGAGGCCACUGUCAUCGCUGGCAGCAAUAUUUCGACUAUUCUGGCCGGUGUUUCGGCUGGCAAGUUCGGUCGUUUGGCUGAGGAUGAGCACAUCCUCUACUUGACCACUAGCGGAGCUGAGGGCAAGCCUAUCAAUGGCACGGUGACCGUUCCCGCAACUCUUUCUUGGAUCGACACCUCUGCAUUUUAA